ACACAAUUAAUUUUGGUUGCAUUUAAAUCUUGUAAUGGGUUUUAAUUAAUUUUUCUUCAGAAGAAGGAGAUUAACCAUAACCAUUUUAUCUAUAAAUAUUAGAUAUUCACGAAAUUUUCAAUUAUGGAGGAUAUAUUUCAGUGGUGUAGAGAUGGAAAUGCCCUGCAAGUGAGAGUAUGGCUAGAUGAUACUGAACAUGAUAUGAAUUUGGGGGAUGAUCAUGGUUUCAGUCCCCUUCAUUGGGCUUCCAAAAGGGGCCAUUUGAAAAUUGUUGAAAUGCUAUUGCUUCGUGGUUCAAGAGUCAAUUCUACAAAUAGAGGGGACGAUACACCUUUGCAUUUAGCUGCAGCUCAUGGCCAUAGGGAUAUUGUAUCAAAGCUACUCAAACAUAAGGCUGAGGUGAACUUUGUGAACGAACAUGGAAAUACCCCCCUGCAUUAUGCUUGUUUUUGGGGAUAUUCUGAGAUCGCAGAGGAUCUCGUCUGUCAUGGAGCCAAUGUAGCUAUAGUUAAUAAAUACGGAGAUACCCCCUUGGAUAAAACAAAAGGAAAUUUGGCGAAAACACUCCACUCUCUCGCCGUCGAAACCGGUCAAGAUUUGAAGAAAAUUAAAUUCAAAGAUCAGAGUUGGUUGGGAUUGAAAACACGAACUCGUGAUGCCACUUUAUCCAGACAUAAGGGAAUAAACAUCAAAGAUUUACAUUUGAAGAAAGAAUUGGCAUCAACGCACAGUGGGGUUACAUACUUGGGUAUAUGGCAGAAGAACGAAAUUGUUGCCAAAAUUCUUGCCAUCAGGAAUGUGACGUCGAGAAUAUGUAGAGAUUUCAAUGAUGAGUUUCCCAAAUUGAGGAUAUUCUCCCAUCCAAAUAUCCUUCCAGUCAUCGGUUGUUGUAAUAGUCCGCCAAAUCUAGUUGUUAUUAGUCAGCAUAUGCCACUGGGGUCUCUUUAUAAUGUCCUGCACGAAAGUAGCGAUAUAGUGGUCGACACAGCACAAGCUCUCUGUUUUGCAUUAGAUAUAGCUAAAGGAAUGGCGUACCUUCACAGUUUGGAAAGGAUCAUACCAGAAUACAAUUUGAACAGCCGCCACGUCAUAAUCGAAGAGGACCUUACUGCCAAAAUAAACAUGGCUGACGCCAAAUUUUCAUUUCAAGAGAAAGGCAGGAUAUACUACCCAGCUUGGAUAUCCCCGGAGGCGCUACAGAAGAAGGUAACCGACAGAAAUUGGGAAGCUUCAGAUAUGUGGAGUUUUGCAAUUUUGUUGUGGGAAUUAGCAACCAGGGAAGUGCCUUUUGCCGAUCAGAGUCCCAUGGAGGUGGGAAUGAAGAUUGCUUUGGAAGGAUUGAGGAUAAGUAUCAAGCCAGGAAUAUCGCCGCAUCUGUCCAAGUUGAUUAAGAUUUGUAUGAACGAAGAUCCGGGUAAAAGACCUAAAUUCGAUAUGAUUGUACCAAUACUAGAAAAAAUGAAGCGUUGAAACGAUUGCGGCGCGACAUUGAGUUUAUUAAUAUUUUAACACCAAAAAAACGUUCGAAAGUAAUAUUUGUUGAUCGACUAACGUGAUAUGUUGUAUUCGAAAAUUUCAAAUUUUUUUAUUGAUACUGACCCAACUAAUUCCUUCCUAUUGUUCAAACUGUUGAAUCAAAUUUGAUCUUGAACUUGAUGUUGAGUUGGAGUUUAUUCUAGAAAUCUCAAAUGAUGAAAUUUUGA